AUGGAGCACGUGAAAGUACUCAUCCAGUACGUCGCCAGGUCGUUCUACGAGACGAGGCACAUCAUCGUCCUCGAUGCGAUCCUGCGGCACAACAUUUUGUCGGAUGAUGAUCUCUCGCAGAUGGUGGGAAUCCAGAAAAAAGAACUACACAAACUAUGCGCCAAACUUCGCGAUGAUCGGCUGUUGAAAAUUCACUCGCGAGCUGAGCCAAAAGAGGGACAGCAGCGGCCUAUACAGCGUACAUACUACUUUAUUCAAUACCGGGAGGCGGUGGAUGCAAUUAAAUGGCGAGUUCACAAGCUAGGCGAGACGUUCAACGACCAGAUGAGAAACGACGUGGAUCGCCAAGGUUACGCGUGCCCUCUUUGCAAACGGCGGUAUAACGCCCUCGAAGUCCUACCGCUCCAAGCACCUGAUCUCUCCGGCUUCAUAUGCGCCGAUUGCGGAACCACUCUCAGCGACGAUGAUGAUAGCGAUGAGUUGAGGAUCAGUCAGGAGCGACUAGCGAGGCUUAUGUCGCAAAUCAGAAGGAUUAUCGAUACAUUGAAGAAGAUUGAUGAUACAUAUAUUCCAGACAACGAUUUCGAGAGUUCUCUCAAGACUGCGGUCGCCACAAACAUGGAUUCCAAGAGCACCGAGCACGAAUCCGUCGGCUACGCCGCCAAAGGCGUCAACAGCAACGCUCUCUCUCUCGAAGUCGAUCUCUCCGGCGACAGCAACGAACGGGCCAAGAAGGCCGCCUUGCAAGCCAAGCUCGAGGAAUCUGCAAAUAACGCUCUUCCCGUUUGGUACCAGAAGAGUACUAUUGGUGCCGAAUCUGAGAAGGCAGCGGAGGAAGAUGGCAAGGUUGGUGAUGCUGAAGAGGGAGAUUCCAAGGCUGGCAUCGUGGGUGAUGUCAAGCCUGCGGUUUCUGAUCUUGAGGCGGCGCCGGCGGCGGAAGCGGACGCGGAGGAUGUGAUUGCGGCGUAUUACAAUAGUUUACAGCAGACAGGCAACGACGAAGAAGAAGAGGAUGAUGACGAUGACGACGAUGAUGAUGACGACGACGACGACGAAUUCGAAGAGGUCGAGGUUUAG